AGUCGCCGCCCGACGACGACGAACGCAGGCUACUUCCGGCGUAGCCAUGGCGGCUAACGCUACUACCAACCCGUCGCAGUUGUUGCCGCUAGAGCUUGUGGACAAAUGUAUAGGAUCGAGAAUUCACAUUGUUAUGAAGAGUGAUAAGGAAAUUGUUGGUACUCUUCUAGGAUUUGAUGACUUUGUCAAUAUGGUACUGGAAGAUGUCACGGAGUUUGAAAUCACACCAGAAGGAAGAAGGAUUACUAAACUAGAUCAAAUUUUGCUAAAUGGAAAUAAUAUAACAAUGCUGGUUCCUGGAGGGGAAGGACCCGAAGUAUGAAUGGGUUUCCUUGACUUAUGCUAGAUUCUGUUUUGUCUCACAGUGACAAAAAAAUAGAAUUUUUCUUUUUUUUACUUUUUAAAGUUUAGAUCCUAUAAAGCAAAGUUUCCCGUUAAAGGGAAAUAUUUUGAAGAUGUAUACCCAUUUUUAUAAGUUAAUCAUGAUUAUCUUGGAAAAAGAAGAAAAGAAUUUCUUCUUUGAAGACUAAAAUAAAGAUGUUUUUGGUUAA